GGGAGGCGCGCUCCCAGUGCAUUGCUUGUUUGGGGACGAGCGGGGCGCGCGCCCUGCGGACAACACACACCUGUUGUGACAGAUCAAUGACUACCUGUGUGAGGAGGAGCCUGCCAGAUAGCAAGCUGCCUGGCCUAGGAUCAGCCUUUAUUAAUAAUAACCUGCCGGAGGGGAUACUCUGUUAUGGGAUAUCAAUAUUAACUGAAUCACCCCAUGGCAUCAGCACCUUCCAUUAGAUAUAGCUAUCUAUGUAUGGACUGAGAAUAACUGUAACCCCUUGGAUGCUUGUGAUUAUGAAAUAGUCUGUGUGGCCAAGAAUCUUUAUGGAGUGGACUUUGCUGGAGUGUUCCUUUUUGUUAACAGGAUCAGAGCAGCUCAUGCCAGGGUCAUCCUCUCUUUAGUGAUAGAAGCACAUCUGGAAACAACUGUACUGCCAGAGAUACAGAAACCAUCUCACCAGGACACCCAUCAUCACUACAGCAUCUCUGAGAUCCAAAGGGAGAAGCCCAUUUCAAGAGUCCCCUGCCUGCCCACUGAAGGUCCACUUCUCCUCGGAUGGCUCUGACGGUCCCACAGAUCCCUGAUGACUCCUUGUUCCUGUCUUUCCAGGCACAAUGUGAAUCAAGUGAGGGCUGGGUGUCUUCAUACAGCAAAGGAGGAAUUGGUGUGUGGAUGAAACCCCCCAGUGAUAAGACAUCCCUCAUCCAUACCUGCAAGGGUUGUAUGACGUUCCCAGAUGUGUCAGCUGAUACAGUCUAUGAUGUUCUCCAUGACAUAGAAUAUCGCAAGAAGUGGGAUGUGAAUGUGAUUGAGACGCAUGAUAUUGCACUGCUCUCGGCCAAUGCUGAUGUGGGAUAUUACUCAUGGAAAUGCCCCAAACCACUCAAAAAUCGUGAUGUGGUAACUCUACGUUCAUGGCUUCUCCUGGAUGACUGUUACAUGAUUAUUAACUUCUCUGUCAAGCACAGUUCGUACCCUCCUCGCAAAGAUUUGGUUCGAGCCGUCUCUCUACUUGCUGGUUACCUAAUUAAAAUAACUGGACCCAACAGCUGCAUACUCACUUACCUCGCACAGGUGGAUCCCAGAGGUUCAUUACCAAAGUGGGUAGUGAAUAAGUCUUCACAAUUUUUGGCACCGAAAAUCCUACGAAAAAUGCACAAGGCCUGUGUCCAAUAUCCUGCCUGGAAGAAGAAGAAUCGACCUGAAUUUAAGCCAUGGCUAAAUCCAGAACAAAACACAUUGCCUCGGAUGUCUUUGAACGAGCUGUCACUGCAAAGAACGGAGUCCUUGGAGCAGGUGGAUGAAAGUCGGCUAUGUGAAGUGACUGAGGAGAAAGACAACAGUGAUGAUGAUGAGAAAGUCAGGGGUAAAGACUAAUGGCUUACAUUAAGUGAGAGAUAUCACUUACUUUACAGCCAUUUCUUAGCCUUGGGUUUUACUCGCCCUUGUGCCAUCGUUAAAUAUCCUAAACAGAAUAACAAACAUUUCAAGCAGCUUACCGAGAAUUGCUACUGGACAUUUGUUCCUGAUAAAAUGUCAUCUGCACAGUUCAGGUUCAAAGGUGGUGAAUAGAUCAUGGGUAGGUUUUUUUUUUUUUUUUUUUUUUUUUUACCUCAAAUGGGUAUGUGCCUUAAACACGAUUGUUUUGUUAAUUAAUAAAUUAAAUCUUAUGUU